GUGGGAGGGAAACUUGCGAACCGCUCCUAGAAGGGUUUAACUUUCCUCUAGCAAAUGAGAAGGAGAAGCUACAACAUUCUGUUCCAAGCACUCCGGCGAGAAUGUUUUUUUGGCAGAGGUGUUAUUAAAACCGAGCAGCACGUUUUAUGGUUGCCAGCACCAGAGGAAAAAAGGAAAAAGAAGAAUUAGCCAGUCUUCCGUCAGAACUGAAGAAGCUUCUUGGAUGAGAAGCGAAACAUCUGCGAGGAAAAACAAAGCAAGUCGCGUUGCCUCUUGGGAAAAAAGCACCUUUGGGACAACCAGGACUGGAGAAUCUCCAUGGACGCUUCAGUUUAGCUGUUGCUAAAAGUAGUGGAUUCCCUGGUGCUUCAGAGGGUUCCGCAGGAGAAUAUGGCCAAUGGCAUUGAGGACCUCAUCGGGAUCCCCUUCCCAAACCACAGCAGUGAAGUCCUUUGUGGCCUCAACGAGCAGCGGAACGAUGGACUUCUCUGCGACGUGAUUCUCCUGGUCCAAGAUCAGGAAUACCGAACCCACAAAUCUGUCCUGGCUGCUUGUAGCCAGUAUUUUAAAAAACUUUUCACCACCGGCACUUUAGCGGACCAGCCCUACAUAUACGAGAUCGACUUCGUCAAGCCCGAAGCCCUUUCGGCCAUCCUUGAGUUCGCCUACACCUCAACUCUGACCAUCACCACGGCGAACGUCAAGCACAUCCUCAACGCGGCCAAGAUGCUGGAGAUCCAGUGUGUGAUUAAUGUCUGCCUUGAAAUAAUAGAGCCUGGGGAAGCGGCGGGAGGCGAGAAGGAGGAGGAAGAAGAGGAGGAAGAGGAGGAGGAAGAGGAGGAAGAGGAGGAGGAAGAAGAAGCAGGUGACUCCGCCCAUCGGAAUCUAUCAGAUGCUCAAGACCUCAGUUGCCACCAGAGUCCUUCUAAGCCAGACCUUCCUGAGGAACCCUUCCAAGAGGCCACUGAUGUCUUCUCCACCCGAUUUCCAUCCGGCAGCUCCAAUGGCUCACUGGGUGUCAUCCGAGACUUCUCUAUUGAAUCCCUCUUAAGGGAGAACCUGUAUCCUAAAGUGACCCUUCCAGAACGCAGGCCGGUCCUGUCUCCCUUCAUGCCUGAGCUCUUCCCCCAUCUAUGGAACGGAGACUUUGGCCCCUUUGCCCAAGUGGAAGAGCAGCAGGUGGACAACACCCCCUUGGACCUGGUGAUCAAAAAGCAAAAGAUCAAGGAAGAGGAGAAAGAGGAGCCGCUGCCCACCCCUUUCCCCAACAGCCUCUUCAAGGACGUGUUCGCCAACACUGCCGCGGCCCCCUUCGGGCACAUCAAGGCCGAAAACGAUUACAGCGCCUACCUGAACUUCCUGAGCAACGCCCACUUUGGUCGAGUCUUUCCUCGCUGGCCGGAGGAAAGGAAGAUCAAACCCAAAGCUUCCCAGCAGUGCCCCAUUUGCAACAAAAUCAUCAUGGGGGCUGGGAAGCUCCCGCGGCACAUGAGGACCCACACGGGGGAGAAGCCGUAUAUGUGCAACAUCUGUGAAGUCCGGUUCACCAGGCAAGACAAGUUGAAGAUCCACAUGCGGAAGCACACAGGGGAAAGGCCGUACCUCUGCAUCCACUGCAGCGCCCGGUUCGUCCACAACUAUGACCUGAAGAACCACAUGAGGAUCCACACCGGAAUCCGUCCCUACCAGUGCAAGUUCUGCUACAAGAGCUUUACCCGCUCGGAUCACCUGCACCGCCACAUCAAGCGCCAGAGUUGCCGGAUCUCCCGACCCAGAAGAGGACGCAAGUCAGGCCCUUGGAGAGCGGCCAGCCUGCUUUUCGCCCCCACCGGACAACCGGAUGACAAGAGUUUCUUGGUGCCCCCAGCUUUGGAAGACAUGAGCGGCCACUUGGGCGGCCCCGGGCUGUGCCUUCCGGGCCCCAGCCCCUUCAUGGAAGCGGCCAAGAACAGCUUGAACCUGCAGGAGCUGGAGAACCAGUUGGAAGAAACCCAGAUGAAGCUGUUUGGGAGGACACACCUGGACCUGGAACGGAAUGGAGGCCUCUUUGCCUUCGCCCUGAGCCAUGGCGAGGGCCUCUCGGCACGGCCGUAUUUCUCUCUCCCGGAUCCUUGGGGCUCGGGGUUCAAUGGACUGGCUGCCCUCAACCCCCUGGCAUCUCUCUCUGAAGCUAGCAACUGAGUUGCCUUCUUUUCAAGGAACGGGUUGGACCCGUUCUCCAGGACUGCACCGGUUCCCAGUCAAGAAGGGAGGACAUCUUUUUUCCUUUAUAAAAGGACUGUCUUGAAAACGAAGCUUCCUUCGGAACGCUUUUCAAAACGCCCCAAAAGACAUUUCUUCUUUGCUCCAACAAAUGCAAGGGAAGAAAAACAGGAUUUCCGGCAGCAACUGCAGACUUCAUUUUUCUUGGUUUAUUAUCUUUCCGAGUGACUGUUUUACAUCUUAUUUUGCGGGGAGAGGGGGGGUUGUUUUGGAUUUUGACUUUUUGGUUUUUUUCUUUUUUUUUGGGCUGCUUUAUCUGACCCGGAGUCCUUGUAAAAUAUCCAAAGAUUCUAAAAACUGUAAAAUCCACAAGAACUGGGCUCAAAAAAAAGACCUCUCUUGCUUUUUUCCCU